GCGUCAUAAGGCUGAACUGUCACGGUCACGCCCCCCUCCUCUUCGAACUUCUGUUGAAUAUAGGUAAUUGCCUACCUAAGGUACGUGCCUAACCAGCCACGUAUAAAAUCCGACUUCAACGCAACCAUCCGCAUUCCCCACGAUAGGAAGAAUCGCGUACUUUGCGAUUCGAUACGGAUCUCUUCUCUCAACCUCCGGCGAUCUCAAAUACCGUAUCACGACGACAGGAACCCCAACGCCCAGAUGGCAGAACCCAGAGGCGCGGCUGCCCGUCUGCGGCGCACAUUCCACUACCCCACGGACGACGACUCCGCAGACUCUCAGCCCGAAGCCAUGGACGAAGAAGAACAGGAAAUCCUCAUCCAACGCCUCGCAGACGAAAACGCCGCCCGAAACGCCCAGUUCAACACCCUCCUCCUCGCCCUACCCCUCCUCACGACAGUCCCCUACAUCGUUUCCAUCCUCCGCCUGUCCGCCCCUUUGACCUCCCUGCUCUCCAUCACAUCGCUCCUCUCGACCGCCUACCUCCUGCGCACCCAGCCCCCGGGCAUCACUGGCAUCACCUUGCUCGACGUUUGGUUCCGCCCCAAGACGCCGCGCGCCAGCCCCUCCUCCUCGCUCGCCUCGUCGACCUCGUCCGUCUCGGCCGCGUCGUCUUCGUCUUCGUCAUCGUCGUACCAGCCGAUACGGGCACCGAUGCGGACAAGACCUAGGAGGAGCUCCUUCUCGUUCGUCGAGGACCACAAGUCCCCGCUCGAGACGUACCUGCCCUACCUUAACUUCGGGCUCUGCGUCGUGCUCGUGCUGACGGGUCUCGUAACACGGUCCGGCGAGAGACACGCGCUUGGCCACGUCGGGCUGGGGAACCUACCGGCCAUCGUAUACGUCGUGAUUCUCAUCGCGAAGGUGGUCAUGGGCAGCGUGGACCCGGAAAAGGAGCUGGCCGCGCUCAGAUACGACUUCAAGGGCGCGUGAAUCGACGACCGCGAUUGUUGCUCCGUAACGAAAACGUCAUGUACACCAAGGGGACGAAAACUCUAGUUGGGCCUGCUUACACGACUUAUGCCGGAAUGAUAACGUUAUUCUCAGUUGAAAGCGUAGAUAUUGGACUGAAUGGUAUCUCUUAUGGUUAGGAGGGGGCUACGAAAUGUAAUUCAGGAGAGUGCGCAAGUCUAUCUACUACAGGCGGCACGUAAUUAUAAUCAUCUACA